AUGAAGGUAAAGAUAUUAGACUGCAGAAAACAUGAGCACGCGGCGGGUGAAACCCUUGAGUUUCGCUUGAGCGAAGCGGACAACUCAUUCGCCAACGGCCUCCGUCGCGUUCUGCUCGCGGAGGUUCCUGUUCUCGGCAUAGAGUCCGUGACGAUUAUUCAAAACACCUCCGUGCUGCCGGAUGAGAUGAUUGCCCACCGACUCGGUCUUGUGCCGCUCUAUUCCAUGAAGGCACGGCGGAUGCAGUUCAGCCGCGAUUGUCUCUGCGGGGGAAGUGGCUGCGGCGAGUGUCAAAUCACCGGCGAACUCAAACUCCGCUGUCCAUCCGAUCAACACAGCAUGCAGGUCUUCAUCGACGCCCUGAAGAUUGAUGAUGAGGAGGUGUACCCCGUAAGUUCAGAGGAACGUGGUAUUUGGCUUCUCACACUUGGUCGUUCACAGGAAUUAAAUCUUCGUGUGGUGAUUCGUAAAAAUAUUGCCAAGACACAUGCAAAGUUUAUGCCAGUCGCCACUGUGGCUAUGCGUUACGCAUCCGAUAUUGUACUAAACUCCGAUGGAUUCUCCAAACUAGAUGCGGAAGAGCGGCGACAGUGGGUAGAGCGAUGUCCGAGGCAAGUAUUUCGACAUGAUGAAAAGGCAGGACAAGUACUACUUGCAGAUCCCGAUGCCUGUAUUUUCUGUCGUGAAUGUCUCUCAAAGGAACCACCGUUUAAUAAGUUAACAGAACCACUCGUAUUUGUACGACAUAAAAAAGAUAAACGAGGUUAUUAUGACUUUACUUUUACAGUAGAGUCCACAGGGGCUCUACCAGUACUUCAACUUUUGUAUGAUGCUAUUGAUGUUCUUCGCCGUAAACUGGAAAGGGUGCGGAAUGGUCUUAUGGAAGAUCCAAAUGCUGAAGAAAUGGUUCAAACACGUCCUAUCGGUGGUGCCCCAACAGCACCAGUUGUGGUGAAUGAAGACAUUGUCGAGCGUGAAGGAGCUGAAGAUAACCUUACAUUCGUGAUGAAUUGA